GAGUUUAGAAGUUUUCCUUGAGCCGCAGUCCCCACGAAAAAUCAUUCUAGCCAAUAACAACUCAACACCUCUGAUCUCUCUGUCCCUCUCCCUCAAUUGCUUUCUGCCAUUUCAGAUCUCUCUCUCUCUGUCUCUCAUAAGUACAGUAUAAAGACCAAGCAAAGUAAAAGCUUUACUUCUUUAUUAAGCUCAAUCACUGCCCCUAAUUUCUGCUUCUCUUUAAAUCCCACACACUUUUACUCAGAUCUCUCCCCCUCUGCUGUCUGUUUUCUAUAGGAUAGCUUUUGUAUUUCCAUUUCUGCAGCAAACUAUAAGUAAUCAGAGUCUUGCCCAGUGAGUUUGAACUCAGAAGCCUUACCAAGAUCUGCUUUUUUUCAACAGUUUCUUGAAUUUUUUUCCUUGGGGUUGGGAAAGUUGGGUGAUCUUUUCUGGAUUCCUCACCUCAUAUUUAUGUCAAAAGAAGUAUUCAUAUUCCUAUUCCUAUUCCUGUUCUUUUUCCUUCAAAUGCCUUGUUGAUAUAUUCUGGUCAGACCAUUAACCAUAGAAAUUAGAAACCUCCGCUUUCAUUAUCCCCUCCCCUCCCCACCCCACUAUUCAUUUAUAUAUGUAUAUGUAUAUAUAUAUACAUCCCCAGAGGUGUAAUGAACAGUGAAGCAUGAGCCAAGAAAUGGGAAUUCUCUCAUCUGAAACAUAUCUCAGUGACUCGAACUGGCUGUUCGAUGAGACGAAGGCGGCGAAAUGGACGGCAGAAGAGAACAAGAGGUUUGAGGAUGCGCUGGCCUUGUUUGAUAAAGAUACCCCAGAUCGGUGGCACAAUGUGGCAGCCAUGAUACCUGGAAAGACUGUGAAUGAUGUGAUGAGACAGUAUAGGGAAUUGGUGGCGGAUGUUAGUGAUAUAGAGGCAGGGCUAAUACCCAUUCCUGCAGGGUAUGCAACCACUCAUUCUUUCACAUUGGAGUGGGUGGAUAGCCAUGGCCAUGGCGGCGCCGCCUAUGAUGCCUACACCCAGUUCUAUGCUCCACCCGGGAAGCGCACCAAUUCCGGCCGCUCUUCUGAUCAUGAAAGGAAAAAGGGUGUUCCCUGGACUGAGGAAGAACACAGACAAUUUCUGCUGGGGCUGAAGAAGUAUGGGAAAGGAGACUGGAGGAAUAUAUCUCGCAAUUUUGUGACAUCCAGAACUCCAACUCAAGUUGCCAGUCAUGCCCAGAAAUACUUUAUCAGGCAGCUUUCAGGAGGGAAAGAUAAGAGGAGAUCAAGCAUACACGAUAUCACAACAGUUAAUCUGUCAGAAACCACCAAGUCUCCUUCCCCAGACAAUAACAAUAGUUGUUCCUCAGAUAAACCUGCAGCUCAACUUAUAACCACUCCUCCUUUGUCAAAUAAUCAUGGAGGAGUGAGCAUUACAUUCGAUUCGCAAUAUGGCAGCUUGAUAACUGCCGCUACUGCAACUUUCCAAGGGACAUCAUCGUAUGGACUAAAUCUGCAUGAACAUAAUAAUAUGCAGUACAACAACAACAACAACAUUAAUCUGCAUGGUCUGCAGUUUCAGAUGCAACCAGAAUGACUACUUCAUCGUCAUCAAACCGGGCAGAGGCCGGCCUAAUUCAAUCAGAGGUAUAUAUAUAUAGAUGUGUGAUGUGUGUCACUGUCUGUAAUAGUACAUAUAAUUCAGUUUAAUGGCCUUAUAAUGUAAUAUGUUCAUCCCAAACUGAUGACAACCAAACACAAGAGCUCCAACUGUUAAAAACUCAAAUCUUUAAGUUCACUGAUCUGCAAAAUGACAGUAUGGGCAUUUUAGUAUUUA